AUGCCCUGCUCAAACGAACCAACACCAGCUUUAGAAUGUCAAAGUUUCAAUAUGACAUCUGUCUUCGAAAGAAUAGAUCAACAAUUAGCGAAAUACAAAAGACACAAAUUAUGGAAAACAUUUUUUCAGAGCGGCAAAGGAUCAAAAGUAGCUCUUGCUACUCUGAAAGCUUAUGCACCAGCCAUCAGCUAUUUUAUCAUGGGAUUUCGUGAUUUUAAUGAAUUCGUGCUGCCGUAUGAGACACCACAAAAUGCCCUACAAACUGCAAUUAAUGAACAUGCAAAAGAAGAUUGCACUCAUUACAAACUUUUUAUCGAAGACUGA